AUGAGCGCUCCCCCUGCCGUGGACCCCAAGAAAGGGGCCAAGCGAAACAGCAAGUCUCCCGCCGGUGGCAGUGACAACUACACCUUCUCCGACCCGCAACAGGCCGCGUUCGUCCAGACCGAUUCGUACACGUCAUUCAAAUGUCGUAUCGAUGGUAUCCCCCGGCCCGAGUACAGGGCGGCGGCCACCUGCCAACGCUCGAAGAAGCCCCGCUUCUACCCUGCCAGUGGCAAAAUUCGUUCUUCUUUGGAGGCUGAAAUAGACAAGGCCAUGGCUUCGCUUUCUGCUACCGGUAAAUUUGACUUGCAGAAUGCUUCCAAGCCGGUGGUCAUCAAAGUCAAGUUCUACUUCACUCGUCCGAAGCACCACUAUGAUUGGAGUCCCACCAAGAAACAGCUCGUUGUGCCUUCUUCCGCACCUGUCUUUGUGACCAAGACUCCCGACAUCGACAAUUGUGUCAAGCUCCUGUUGGAUGCAAUGAACAAGAAGUAUUUCAAGGACGACAACAGUGUAGUUGCUAUUCAUGCUUACAAGUUGUACCUACAGAGGCCCGGCACCGUCUACGAAUCCGGACAGAGCAAAUCGGGCUCAACUCUCUUCAAGAUCGUUCAGUACAACGGCAACAACGCGGCGAUGUCCGCGGCUAUUCUUUAG